AUGGUAUGUCCGAGAAGAUAUCGGCGUCUAGUGGGUAGACUAAAUUAUCUUACCGUCACCAGACCGAAUAUUACUUUUGCAGUGAGCAUUGUGAGUCAAUUUCUGAAUGCUCCUUUUGAUACUCAUUGCAAUGCAAUUAGUCGGAUUCUCAGAUAUAUAAAGAAUGCACCAGGAAAAGGAUUAUUAUAUGAAGAUAAGGGGGAUGCUAAAAUCGCAUAUUAUUCAGAUGCAGAUUGCGCAGGAUCACCAUUGGAUAGAAGAUUCACUUCCAAAUAUUGUGUUCUUAUCGGAGGAAAUAUGAUCUCAUGGAGGAGCAAGAAACAAAACACAAUUAAACUAUCUAAUGUUGAAGCUGAAUAUCAUGUUAUGGCAGCAACACUAAAGGAACUUGUCUGA